CAAACGCGUAUGCUCUCAAGCCAUUGACGCUUUUCCAACGACGACACCCCAAAGUCGUCCCUGAGAGCACGGGUCAAGUCUUGUGUUUCAUUCACAAACACAAGCGCCCAAGGCCGAGUUGUAUAUACCGCGUCAGGACCGAUGGAUUCAAAUACUUGGUUUGAAUGCGCAGUUUUCUGUUGCAGUUGCAUUACCACAAAAUCGAGUACGAUCCUUUUUUCAUAAAAAGUAGUAGACUUAGCUGAACGAAAGAAAAAAAAAGCAGAGGGCUUGAGGUUUUACCUUGCAUUUUCAACUUGAUCGUCACCCAUGCGCAAAAAACAGCGUGUUCCAACGUUUGCCAUAACUAUCCCGUUGCAAAAGAGAGGAGUCGCCGCGUACAUCAGCGCUACCAUUACACAAUCCCAAGGAGCAUCGACAGAUGCAAUCCCCAAAGACGAACGAGAACGAUUGUGCAACGAAACGAAAGCGGCCUGUGCAGACGCGUGUCACCAUGCAUCUGCAAGUUGCGACACACAAACACUCGUAUGGGGCUGUCAUUGUCCGCCGAACAACAACAACAAGACGACGGCCGAGAAGAAAAUGAUCGGCACCAAGCCCAUAGGCACGUUUCCGAUCCCGCGCAAAAUGUGUCGCAUCGAUCUUGCCUUGUGCCAGAGCAGCUGUCAACACAUGGGUGAGCACGGCAACCAAGCCAAGAUUUGCCGUAUGCAGUGCGCCGGGUCGUUUCCUUGCGACUCCUCGACGCAUGCGCCUGCUUACAACGGGACGACUGCCUUGACGAGCUCAUCAUCACGACGACACGCUCAUGACGAUCGAGCCAAGGACCCCCAACAGCAGCAGCAGCAGCAGCAGCAUGUAUCGUCUUUGGGUACUGCUGCAGCAGCAGCCACGCGUACUGCCCAAGGCCUGGUGAUAGCAAUCGCGCUUGGGUGUUGUUGUUGUUGUAUGCUCCUCUUGUAAGCCGUGUGUCUCUACCGUGGCAAAAGGAAAAAAAUAAU